AUGACUAACAAUCAUAACAUUUCACAAAAGCAACUUGAAUUUGUCGAAAUACUAAAUGUAGAUAAACAAGCGGUGGCGACAAUUUUCCCUUGUUUCAAAUACUGUUACACUUCAUCCAUCACUUUGAUACGUGAAACAUUAAAUGAAGAAGAAAUCAAGGUACUCGUUAUGAGCAAGCGAAAUUCUAAUCCAAUGAUUUCUUCUUCUGUAAAGAUGCCGAUCAGUGAGCCAUCGAUGGUAUAA